AUGAAACACUUUAUUCUUCCACCUGAGACUAAGGAUGUCACUUACGUUCCCAUAACACUUUCGUGGUAUACAGAUACCCAAGACGACAGCAAUACUUCUCCAGAAUGCAAAAAGUGUAAACUUAAUGGAGGGUAUUGUCUGCUAAAUCUUGACGCGGACUCGGCUACAAGUUGUUAUAUUUAUAAGGGGAGAAAUUUAGGUGUCAUUCUGGGUGUUAGUAUAAGCAUGGGAUUGCUUUUCCUAAUGGUGAUCGGCUAUGCAUUAUACAAAAUAAUCAAGAAAACUAAAUCUAAGAGAAGGAAACAAAGGUUUUUUAAGCGUAAUGGUGGUCUCCUUCUUAAACAACAACAAGCAACUGAUGUUGAUGAAACCAUACUCUUCACCUCUAAAGAAUUGGAGAAGGCUACUGACCAUUUUAAUGAGAAUAGAAUUCUUGGUCGAGGUGGUCAGGGUACUGUAUAUAAAGGUAUGUUAGCAGAUGGACGGAUCGUAGCAAUCAAGAAAUCAAUGGUGGUUGAUGAAAGUCAAGUAGUAGAGUUCAUCAAUGAGGUAGUCAUUCUUUCACAGGUCAACCAUAGAAAUGUGGUCAAAUUAUUAGGAUGUUGCCUAGAGACCGAGGUCCCACUACUUGUCUCUGAGUUCGUCUCAAAUGGUAAUUUAUAUGACCUUAUUCAAAAUGAAACUGAUGAGUUUUCAUUCUCUUUAUAUAUGAGAUUACAAAUUGCUACCGAGAUCGCAGGAGCACUUUCUUACUUACAUUCAGCAACCUCCAUUCCGAUAUACCAUAGGGAUAUCAAGACAACUAAUAUACUUUUGGAUGAAAAGUAUCGAGCAAAAGUUUCUGAUUUUGGUACUUCAAGGUUGGUAUCAAUAGAUCAAACUCAUUUGACUACAUUAGUUAAAGGGACUUUUGGUUAUUUGGAUCCAGAGUACUUUCAAUCGAGCCAGUUCACUGAAAAAAGUGAUGUCUAUAGUUUUGGAGUUGUUUUGUUGGAACUUUUGACAAGAGAAAAGCCAAUCUCCUUAACUAGAUUUGGUGAAAAUAGAAGUUUAGCUACACACUUUAUGCUAGCCAUGGAAGAAGGUCGUGCGAUGUCUGUUUUUGAUGCAAUGAUUGUUAAGGAAGGUUUUAGGACCGAGUUGUUGUCUAUAGCUAAUUUGGCAAUGCGAUGCUUGAACUUCAAUGGAAAAAAUAGGCCAACAAUGAAAGAAGUUUCAAUUGAGUUAGAAUGCAUUAGAUUGUCACAUGUUUCCCUUAUAGAUCAAACUAAUGUUGGCCUUGUGAAGCAAUAUGAGGAGGUAUCACCAAUAUAUGGUAAGUCAACAUCAACAUUGGUGACAAUCAGUGACAAUGUAGUUGAUGGAUCAUGGUAA